GGCUGCGGGCGCAACAAACAAAAAAAUGACCAUUGCACAUUACUACUCGAUGUGGCAUGCGCGUUUUCUUUUUCUAAUCUUAUCAGAUCUGAUGGAAGCAUCACCGCCUGUCGCUGCACAAGCCACCCCGCUUUCAGCCAGCCGUGCCAGUCUGACCCUGGACGCAUUCCGCGCUAUCGAUAUCGGCUAAACUUUUCUUGCGCUGCGACUGUCGACAUCUUUGGCCCAGACGGAAAGACGCCGCUGAGGCUCAGGAUUGCGCACUACCAUCAACAUGUCUGCAUCCGUCACAGUAGAGGCGCCUCCCGCCACGGAGGCGGUGCCUGUCAAAGGCAUGAAGAAGAAUGGCAAACAAUGGCACGACAACAAGGCUCCGUUCCGCCCACGGGCAAACCAGUCAUCGUGGGAGAAGCGUCAGGCGGAGAGGAAGGCUCUUGCUGCAGUCAAGGCAAAGGAGAAGGAGCUCAAGGAGGAGAAGGAGGCAGAGAGACAGCGACGAGUCGAGGCUAUCAAGACGAAACGGGCGGCCAAGGAGGAACGCGAACGCUUUGCCAAGAUGGAGGAGAAGAUGCACAAGAGGCGCGUCGAGCGUCUGAAGAGGAAGGAGAAGCGCAACAAGAUGCUCAAGUCAUGAGCGUAGGCAAUGAAAAAUGUGUGGUGAUACAGCACAAUCCAACCAAAAAAUGCCGCUUCAAAGGAGGUCAGAAAAACACAGGCUGGCAAGAGCAGCCGCCCUGUCGUUUCGAUAUGCAGGAUGGACAGGACAUUUUCAGUCUAUGCUGAAAGGCAGUAUGACAUGAGCCUUGGUUUUUCGGAAUGCAGGCGCAAAAAAGGAUACCCUGGAUUUCAUAAAGUGGAUAGCAACUACCAAUCAUUUCCCACCAUUUCCCG